AUGUCCUGCGAGCAGCGAGGCAGGUACCAAAGCUUCAGGACCCUAUGCUCUAUCGACGUCGUGGGGAUUUUAGGUGCUGCGGAACGGGCCGUGGGGCGGCGAGGCAGGUACCGUAGCGCCGAGCGGACAAGCCAUGUCCUAUUCUAUCUGUUUCGAUUAAAACGGUCUCUCCGCGCUUAUCAAAACACCUUACUUAACUGGCAAACUUCCACAAUUGCAAACAUCUCCACUUUCCUAGUGUAUCCUGAGCAGGGCCUCUGGAAGAUGAAGCGGGAAUUAUCAUCAUAUCUCAGCCCUUGCAGUAACCCUAAGAAGUCUUCAGGCCCGACAGAUAGGUUUCAACCUAAGACUAGUCUUUUUGUAGCAAAGGCCGCCCUCAGAGCCAUCAUUGGCUGUGUCCCAUACAUUCAACUGUAUUCUAAUUGA